AUGCUAACUACACAAUUUCUAGGAGGUCUGUUUUUUAUAUCUAUCAUACACCAACUAAUAACUCCAAAAUCCAAGGCAAGAGAUGAAAAAGCAAUCAAUAAUAAAAUAAAACAUCCUGCUAAGAUUAUUUUUACACCAGCAACACGAUCAAAUAGUUCCAAUACCAAUAAAGUGUACGAAAAUCCAUUUGAACAUGUUCAUGACGAUGAAAAUAAUGUUCAGCAUAUGAAAAAUAAUGAUGGAAAGAAUAACGGUAAAACUGCUGGGAGUAAACAAGGUUUGUUUUUUAGCGAACCUACUGAAUUGGUACCGGACUUGAAUUAUUACUUUCAGCAAUAUGGUUUACUUAUUGAACCUUUCAAAGUCACCACAGAAGAUGGAUUUGUUUUAGACCUAUGGCAUAUAAUAAACCCUAGCAUUAAACAAGGAAACGUCAGCGGUAAUAGUAGUAGUAGUCUGACCAAUGAAGAGAAAUCUGAUAGUAAACGUAAGGGGAAAUUGCCUAUUUUAUUUAUACAUGGGUUACUACAGAGUAGUGGCUCCUUUGCUUCAUCCGGAACAGAAUCAAUUGCAUAUUAUUUAUCUAAAAUAGGUGAGAGAGACUGUUGGUUAGGCAAUAAUCGUUGUGGGUUUGAUCCAGAAUGGGAUACAACUAAAUUGAAACAAUACAAAAAAGGUAAUGGUUCCACUAGUGUAAAAUGGGACUGGGAUAUUCAAGAAAUGUGCAACUAUGAUCUUCCUUGUCUGGUUGAUUUUGUUUUAAUGAAAACCGGAUGUUUUAAGUUGAAUUUAAUUGGUCAUUCUCAAGGGACAAUGCAAAGCCUAUUAUCAUUAGUGAAUAAGACACAGUUAAUCAAUAAAAUAGAUAAUUUCGUUGCUUUAUCACCAGCCAUAUAUCCAGGUGAAUUGUUAUACAAGAAAAUUCCAGUUAUUUUAAUGGCUUUUUUCAUUGAUUUUAAAUUGGUCUACGGUAUCAAAUCGUUUAUCCCGCUGAUGUUAAAAAUGAGAAAUAUUAUGGUGGGAACCAAAAUUUUCAGUAAUUUAUCAUAUAUUAUGUUCAAUUACUUGUUUGAUUGGAGCGAUACAUUGUGGAACCCUAAAUUGCGUAACAGGCACUUUCUUUUUUCACCGGUGGCUAUAAGUGUAAAACUAAUGAGAUGGUGGUUAAGUCCUUCCAAUCCAAGUUUUAGAAAUGGAAAGUUUAGUAAAGCAUUCUUCCCAGAUGAUAAAAUAUGGUUUCCUACUGUAGAAUAUCAUGAACACAAUGCUACUGCUGACAUAUCAGACAACUUCCAUAAGCAUCAGUUAAAAAAUAGCGGUAAUGAAUGGCCAAAGAUAUUGAUAUUUGCACCCAAACAGGAUCGGUUAGUAGAUGGUGCUAGAUUAAUAAAUCAUUUUACCACCUAUGAAGAUCCAACUGUUUACAAAAUUUGGUACAUUGAAGAUUAUUCGCAUUUGGAUGUUUUAUGGGCAAAAGAUGUUAUAACCAAAAUAGCUCAACCUAUCUUGGAACAUAUAUAA